UCUCCUCCUUUAUCUCCCCACCCAACUCUUUAAAUGGCCAUCUGGUUGCUCCAUAAGCACAUUCAUGGAAGUACCUUUUCUGGUUAAAUCCAGUGUUGUUGGUGAGAGAAGGAUGAAGGGCAGUUGAGACUUGGGAGGAGCUAAAGUUCAAGGGGUUGUUGGCAUGGCAGGAAUGCUCCCUGGUGUCGAAUAUGCUCGUCGGAGAAGCCUCCACCUCCGCGGCACUAUGACCGGUACAACAAGGAGAUCAUUCUUCAGUUUGUACACAACAGGCCACGAGAAACGUCUGAGUAGUGGCUUCACGAAAAGGAGCAUCUUGAACCAAGAACUCCAUGAUGAAGCACUUGGGCAUAUUGCCAGGGAAGCCAAGGAGAGGUUGGAUGACAGAUUACAGAUUAAAAGGCAUAACAGUGCUGGAAGCAUGAAGCAGAGCAAGAACGAGAAGCAAGGAGGGCAGCACAAGAUCCCUGGCAAUGUGCAGAGGGAGGUGUUCUCCUCCAAGAGCAAUAAGAAGAGGUUUAGCUGGAGCAAGCUGAGGUGGAAGUCGUCGGAGCAGUCGGAUUGCGUGGUGUGCCUCGAAGAGUUCAUGACCGGGGACAUCCUCGUUCACCUGCCUUGUGCUCACAGGUUCCACUGGAACUGCGCCCAGCCAUGGCUGGAGACCAGGCCUUGCUGUCCUUGCUGCAGAAUGACCAUAUUUGCUGAGUGAUUACUGCUGCAAAUAGAAUUCUUAGCUACUCUUCAAUGUUUCAUGUCUUUAAUUAUCUUUAUGUUGGUAUCAGAAUGAAGAGAUCCAACCGUCAGCUGUAAGAAUAGUCAAAAAGUCCUGUGCACGAAACUCCCGUCAUACGGGAUACUGGAGAAGGAUCCAUUGUACGCAGUCUUAUCCUACUUUUUACAAGAGGUUGUGUUCAAGAUUCGAAUC